ACACAUCACAGCAGAAAAAUGCCAAGAGGAAGGGGAAACAGCUCAGCUCAAAGUUACAAUCAAAGACGUGCCCAAUAGUCUGUUACAGGUGUGUGAACUUAACAUCACCAACCAGACCCAGGCAAGUGACGUGCUGCAGGCGUGUCUCCAGCAGCUCCAGAUCCAGGUAACUGAGGUCAAAGAUCAUCAGCUUUGGGUUCUGCACAGCAGGGACGGCACGCCCUACCCCCUCAUUGGUCAUGAAACGCCAUUUUCUAUCAAAUUUUGCCAGGCACGAGAGUUCCUCCGCUCAAAAUCAGGAGAGCAUGACUUGGGUGCUGCUGUGCCAAAAUGUGAAUUUUUUCUCAAACAGAAAAAAUCAAAAAAGCAUUCCCUAGAGGGUCUUCCCCAGAAGUCAAUGAAGAAGAACAAAAAGUCCCCGAAUUUUUUGAAUUUUUUUAAACGAACAAAACAGCAAAGUUUAGUAUUUGGUCAGCCACUAUCUGAAAUAUGCAAUGAGAAUGACAACUAUGAUCCUCCAGAAUCAAUUAUUCAACUGAUGGUGCUGGUGUACAACCAGGGCCCUAAUAUCAGCGGGAUUCUGAGACGUGGCAACAAUGCUUCACUCGGAAAGGAAGUUAAAGAGAAAAUUUGCACUGGCAGUAAGUUUGAACUGGAAGAUCAUCAUGCCCCUACUGCUGCUUCUGUCUUCAAGGAGUUCAUUCGGUGUGUCCCUGAAGGUUUGUUGUUGAAAAGGCUACAUGAUGAUUGGCUGCAGAUAAAGAAAGAUGACCCAGAGGAUGUUAAGAUCAGAAAAAUUAAAACUGUUUUGGACAAGCUGCCCCCAGCUCACUACAGAGUUGUCAAACUGACCAUCUGUCUUCUGCAACACCUGGCCAAGUUCAGUGCUAAAACCAACAUGGGAGCCACCAACCUGGCAACAUGCAUAGCUCCAUCUUUCUGCACACCUCAAGUGCGGGAUGGACCCAGGGGGAAGAACAGUAACGCUGCACUCCAACAUUCAGUCUUUGAAAUCACUAAUGUGUUUACUCCCUUAAUUUCCUUCAUGAUCCUCAAGCAUGUAGAAAUAUUUGGUCAAGACAUUCUCUCAAUGUUCACCAAAUAUGGUUGUCAGAGCUCACCAGCUGUCAAUUUGACUGAAGAUAAAGGUGAUGUCCCUCGUCAGCCCCCUCUAGUGGAUGAGGAUGAAACACUGGAGGAAGAGGAAGAAGAAGAACUAAAGGGAAAAAUCUUGCUUUCCCAUCAGAGAAGAGUUUCCAACUUCCAGCUGGAUUCUGGGACAGACUCAGACAGCAUGCAUAGUUUACUCAGCAUGCCCGACACAGGAAUGGGUUUGAGACAAGAUGACUCCUCCAUUGACAGCUUUGCUGACAGAGAGCUGCUGUCUAGUGAAAUGGAGUCCAGCCCUAAGGCCAGCAAAUCCCACCUGUCACCAACCAACCUGAGUCGGGACUCUGGUCUAACCCUUAGUGACACUCAACUUUAUGACGAGGAAACUGGCUUGACACUCAGUGACACCCAACUAUAUGAGGACAUUUUCUCAAAGCAUGCCAGACUGGAGCAAUUCCAGUACCCUGAUGCACUUAGUAUUGAUUCCAACCAAAACACCCAUUUCAUUGACACACCAGAACUUGCUGCUCCCCUAAGGAAAGUCUCUGGGAAGAAAUCAAGAAAAGCUCAUCCAGUCCACUCUAGCUCUGUGGACCAACUAGCAGCAAUCAAGCACAGUGCUUCAACUAGACAGCUAGACUCCAGUCAUGACUGGCGCAAACAAACUUCUUUAGACAAAGAAAACACUUUUUUAUGGGAGGAGGCUGAGCACAGAUCAGCUGACUUGCACGUGCCAAGCACUGAUAUGGGAACUUUAGUCAAGUCUGAGAGUGGUCAUUUCUUUUUCAAUGAUUUGCCUGUCAUCACUGACCACUAUAGCCCCGUGACAACUGAGCCCUACAGGCCAUCAGCAUUCAAACCCCAGCACAGGUUCCUGAGGCAGUCAUCAGUCACAGAGGCCACGCCACCUGCCUCUCCUGGCAGUCUCUUGCAGACUUCACAGCAGGCUCAGCUUGAACAAUCACUCAAUUCAACUGUUACAGAGAGCCCUCCUGUCAAUUCAACUGUUACAGAGAGCCCUCCUGUCAAUUCAACUGUUACAGAGAGCCCUCCUGUCAAUUCAACUGGUACAGAGAGCCCUCCUGUCAAUUCAACUGGUACAGAGAGCCCUCCUGUCAAUUCAACUGGUACAGAGAGCCCUCCUGUCAAUUCAACUGUUACAGAGAGCCCUCCUGUCAAUUCAAAGAUUAAAUCUCGUGGUUUAAGCCAAUCCACUUUUAAUUUAGCUGAAUUAUCUCCUCCAGAGCUUGGUUUCCCCACCAGGAACACAUCUGUUAGGUCUGGAAAGUUCCAUGAAGCAGAGGAAAUUCAUCUGGGUCGACGCCCCCAGUUUAAAGUCUCCAUUCCUGAAGAGCCAUCAAGUGAGGCAGUCAUGAGGAGAGUCCACCUGCUGACUGGCUCCCCUCCUCCUAAUGUCAUAUUAAAAAGUUUAUCCAAGCAGGUCACAAAUCAGUUCCAGUUUUCUAAACGUUUGGAAACACUGGACUUAAAUUCACAAGGGGAACUUUCAAGCCAUUUCUCACAUUCCAAGUCUUUCAAAAAAUCAAAUUCCAGUUUGUCUGCAUCUUCCAAAGCUGGCAUUGUGACAUGUUCUGACAUUGUGACAUGUUCUGACAUUGUGACAUGUUCUGACACGUGUGACAAACCUCCAGGCUACCAGCAGGCUGUACAGAGAAAGCUCAAGCAGAAAAUCCCUGUGCAAAUAACAAUAGAAGAUACAGAAAAACAAAGGGAGGCAAGCGCACGAGCUAAAGCCUUGUAUGAACAGUCUCUCCAGAUCUACAAUCAGCAAGGGCAGUAUGGCAGUUCACAUGAACGAGGAGGGCAGUAUGGCAGUUCACAUGAACGAGGAGGGCAAUAUGGCAGUUCACAUGAACGAGCAGGGCAGUAUGGCAGUUCACAUGAACGAGCAGGGCAGUAUGGCAGUUCACAUGAACGAGCAGGGCAGUAUGGCAGUUCACAUGAACGAGCAGGGCAGUAUGGCAGUUCACAUGAACGAGCAGGGCAGUAUGGCAGUUCACAUGAACGAGCAGGGCAGUAUGACAGUUCACAUGAACGAGGAGGGCAGUAUGGCAGUUCACAUGAACGAGCAGGGCAGUAUGGCAGUUCACAUGAACGAGCAGGGCAGUAUGGCAGUUCACAUGAACGAGCAGGGCAGUAUGACAGUUCACAUGAACGAGCAGGGCAGUAUGGCAGUUCACAUGAACGAGGAGGGCAGUAUGGCAGUUCACAUGAACGAGCAGGGCAGUAUGGCAGUUCACAUGAAGAGCACAGCUCUAGUAGACUGUCAGGCAGAAGUGAAAAAGUAGCCAGGUCCCUGCCGGAUGUGUCAGCUGGCCAGCCAUUGCCUUCAGGAUUACCAAAGUUGCUACCAGCAAUGGUCAGCUUGUCAGACUGUGUACAAGAGGAGCCCCAGCACCCUUCCAGCACUAGUUCUAGGCUGGCAUCCACCCUCAAGCAUUCUCAUUCUUUUGGGGCAUGCUCUGAUAUUAGUAACUCUAGUAAUGGAAGUGUCUCAUCAGUCACAAGCAGUGAGGAGGAUGGGGAUGUGUACAAACAAGAAUCUCAAUCCAUCAUUGAGCUGCAAGAGCUACCAAUUCAUUUUCUCAAUAAAAAAACACCAAAGCAAUUGUACUUAGAGUCAAUUGAGGAAUUUGAAACAAAACAAAAGCAAUCUUCCCAUUGCUCCCCGUUAUCCAAGAGUUUUUCUAAGCUUUCAGUGAGCACAAGAGAGGGGGUGAAAGAAGUGCCAUCAGGACAGCCUGGUCAGGCUCCACUUGAAGGGCAGACCAGCAACACAGCCAGCAGCUCGGAGCACCAUGAAAACUUUCUCAAGGCCAAGUCUUACUUUCAUCAGUCAAAGCUUCCAAUGAAAAGUUUGAUCAAACAUUCUGCAUCAUCUCCUUCAAUUCCAAUGCUGUUUACCCAGGAGAAGCAGCUGCAUGAACCGCAAGCUGCAGCUUUUGGUCAAGAACACAAAUCUGUGGGGAAACCCAAGCCUGUCCCUACAAACCCUACAGCCAAACCUGUCCCUACAAACCCUACAGCCAAACCUGUCCCUACAAACCCUACAGCCAAACCUGUCCCUACAAACCCUACAGCCAAACCAGUCCCUACAAACCCUACAGCCAAACCUCUCCCUACAGUCAGUGCAGCCAAGCCUACUAUUGCAGCUGCCAAGAGCAAGAAGAAACCUGAACUGCCUUGGAGUGUUAAAGACUUGAAAUCUAAAUGGGAUAAAACCAAUGUAACAGAUGCAUCAAGUUGCUCUCCUUUCUACAAGAAACAAAAAGCUCUCCAAGACCAUCUUCACAGCACCAAGAGCAGAUCUGAACAUGAGGACACAUCAGCCAACUCUCAGAUAGCUUACAUUUAACCAGGCUGGUUCACUUGUAGCUUACACUUAACCAGGCUGGUUCACUUGUAGCUUACACUUAACCAGGCUGGUUCACUUGUAGCUUACACUUAACCAGGCUGGUUCACUUGUAGCUUACACUUAACCAGACUGAUUCACUUGUAGCUUACAUUUAACCCUUCUGGUUCACUUGAUCUAGUAAAGCAACAUAACCAGUUUGAAUGGUUCCAACAAAUGCCAUAAACUGAGCAAUCUUUUGUGAGUAGAAACAAGCGGUUUUAAUUAGUUCAAUUCUGUGACUUGUGGAGUAACUGGUGUAUUGAUGUAUCAGACAGCCACUGGUGUAUUGAUGUAUCAGACAGCCACUGGUGUAUUGAUGUAUCAGACAGCCACUGGUGUAUUGAUGUAUCAGACAGCCACUGGUGUAUUAAUGUAUCAGACAGCCACUUGUGUAUUAAUGUAUCAGACAGCAACUGGUGUAUUGAUGUAUCAGACAGCAACUGGCGUAUUGAUGUAUCAGACAGCAACUGGCGUAUUGAUGUAUCAGACAACCACUGGCGUAUUGAUGUAUCAGACAGCCACUGGCGUAUUGAUGUAUCAGACAGCCACUGGCGUAUUGAUGUAUCAGACAGCCACUGGCGUAUUGAUGUAUCAGACAGCCACUGGCGUAUUGAUGUAUCAGACAGCCACUGGCGUAUUGAUGUAUCAGACAGCCACUGGCGUAUUGAUGUAUCAGACAGCCACUGGCGUAUUGAUGUAUCAGACAGCCACUGGCGUAUUGAUGUAUCAGACAGCCACUGGCGUAUUGAUGUAUCAGACAGCCACUGGCGUAUUGAUGUAUCAGACAGCCACUGGCGUAUUGAUGUAUUUGACCGCAACUUUUGGGGGAAAACUUACUGGUUAUUGCCUUAAUUAUUAUAUUUAAUUAUACAUACUGAAUAAUACUCUCUAAAUAAGCAUAUUUUUAAAAAUAGAUUCAUUUUCUUUUCACUAUUUACAUUAUCUGCAUUUUUGUAAAAGUAUUUUUUUAAUGUACAUAGAAAAUGUGUAAAAAACUAGAUUGUUCCAUGUAGAUACUUGUUGAGAUCACACAACAGAACUCUGGUGGGAAAUGUUUUUAUAAGCUGUUUUUGAACAAUUUUUAAAAACUUCACGCUAAAAAUCAAUUUUAGAAUUCUCAAAAUUAGGUGUGGUUGGGUAUCUGACUUAAUACAUGUAUGUUAAAAAAGGAGCAUAAUUAGAAUGACAAAUUUGUAAGAAAUGCUCUAGCUUUAAAAUUGUGACUAUCUGCAGACCACAAUUACCUCAUCUUUUAGUAUUACACUCAUCAUUCUUUCUGCAUUCAUCUGUAUAGCCUAUACACUACAAUAGUGAAUCAAAUCGCUUGCUUCUCAACUCUACUGUUAUCCUGGUCUAGCUGACCAGUCAAUGGGUUGGUCUAGCUGACCAGUCAAUGGGUUGGUCUAGCUGACCAGUCAAUGGGUUGGUCUAGCUGACCAGUCAAUGGGUUGGUCUAGCUGACCAGUCAAUGGGUUGGAGUAUUUGGUGCUUCUCUUCUAUUUAUUCAUUCCAAUUGUUUAUAUUUAUGUUCAUAAUUGCUGGGUCCGCCAUUUUUGUCAAUAAAACUUUUUGUUACCAUG